GCGGGGGCGGCCCCGGCGGAGCGGCCGGCGGACCCGGGCUGCGGGGCACUCGGAUCGUCAUGGAGCUGAGCGUGGGCGCCGCGGAGCUGCUGGGGGUCCUGGUGUCGGCGGGGGCCUGGCUCUGCGCGCUGGCCACCACCCUGAUGAGCACCUGGCUCACGCUGUCCACCGAGCUGCUGCCCAGCGAGAGCUACCAGCUGGGCCUGUGGGAGACCUGCGUGGUGCAGGAGCUGGGCUCCAUGGAGUGCCGGCCCUACAGCAGCCUGCUGGGCCUGCCGCCCGACAUCAUGCUGGCCCGGAUCCUGAUGUGCUGCGCCGUGGCCGCCGGCCUGCUGGGCCUGCUGCUGCCCAUCCCCGGCCUGCGCCUGGUCAACGGCUGCCGGCCGCGCCGCGCCCGCGACAAGAGGGCGCUGAAGGCGGCGGGCGGCGCGCUGAGCCUGGCGGCCGGCGUCCUGGCUCUGGUGCCGGUGUCCUACAUCGCCCACAUGACGGUGGUGCGCUUCUUCGACGAGUCGCUGCCGGAGAUGGUCCCGCGCUGGGAGUUCGGCGGCGCGCUGUUCUGCGGCUGGGCGGCCGGCGUGCUGCACCUGCUGGCCGGAGCGCUGCUGCUGACGUCCUGCGCCCGCCACCGGGACCGCCAGGUCCCCGUCCGCGUCCCGCUGGGACGUCUCGACAUCGGGACCCGGACGGAGUACGUCUGA